UGUCUUUAUUUCUAUUAGCUCUUUACACUAACGAAUCAUGAGGACAAAGAACAACCUUUUUCUAGCUGGUAAUCCUACCUUGUACAUGUUUCUAUUAGUAAGGAAGGAAAAGAGCGUUUCCAAAAAUAAAAUCCUGUUGGACAAUAGAGGAGGAGUAAUAUGUCCCGAGGUUGUUGGGGAAAUAGAAAAGGGCAGGCUCCAUAAACCACAAUAUCCUGCUCCUUUGAUUGUGGGCCUUGCGCAGGCUUCAUAAUCCUCUUCACAGUUUCCCACCACAUUCAUCACUCACUCCCCCUUCAUCUUCUCCUAUCUCUUUCCUCUCCGCUAAAUUAAUCAAGGCCUCCCGGAAUCGUUACCUCAUCCCGCCCCGGUGCCUGUUCUUGUCGGCUCAUGCAUUUAUUACUUGGAGGGCUCACUUUGGGAAUUAGCAAUGAACAAAUUUUGGCAAAGACAUAAAUUAAAUCAAACAUCACAGUUUGUACUUGUGUAACGAAAAACUAAUUUGAACUAAUAUUAUUUAUCGAUUGCGUAAAU